AUGCUUUCUGACAGUGGAAGUGAUGUGAACGGCUUCGGCAGAAGUGAUGAGGUCAGUAGUGUCAAGCUUACUCUGCAGUUGUUGUAUCCUGAGGGCUUUGAUGAAAACAAUCAAUAUCCUGUUCUGCUGGUCGUUGAUGGAGCCCCAGGGAGCCAAUUGGUUACUGAUAAGUUUUGGAUUGACUGGGAUUCAGUACUUGGCAGCUCUGACAAUGUCAUCCUUGCUCGCUUUGAUGGCCGGGGGAGUGGUUUCCAAGGGCUUAAAAUUCUGCAGGAUAUAUAUCGAAGAUCAUUAUUGAAAUUACCAUUUAUUGAUGCAAACAGAAUAGGUGUUUAUGGCCAGAACACACCAGGAUUUAUGUACAAGAACCUGCAGUGUUUGAUAAUAGAUGAAGCGGACCGUAUCCUCGAAGUGGGAUUUGAAGAAGAGUUGAAACAGAUAAUUCGACUUCUGCCAAGGCGACGACAAACAAUGCUUUUCUCUGCUACGCAAACUCGUAGAGUGGAAGAUUUAGCAAAAAUCUCACUGAAGAAAGAACCUUUGUAUGUCGGUGUUGAUGAUGACAAAGAAACUGCUACUGUAGAAGGCCUUGAGCAAGGUUAUGUAGUUUGCCCAUCUGAGAAAAGAUUCCUCUUGCUCUUCACUUUUCUAAAGAAGAAUCGCAAGAAGAAGAUCAUGGUUUUUUUCUCUUCGUGCAUGUCUGUGAAAUAUCACUAUGAGCUUUUGAACUACAUUGACCUACCUGUUCUGGCAAUUCACGGAAAGCAAAAACAGACAAAACGUACAUCCACCUUCUUCCAGUUCUGUAAUGCAGCUGAUGGAAUACUGUUAUGUACAGAUGUCGCUGCCAGAGGGCUGGAUAUUCCUGAAGUAGACUGGAUUGUACAGUAUGAUCCCCCUGAUGAUCCAAAGGAAUAUAUCCACCGUGUGGGCAGGACUGCAAGAGGAAUUAAUGCACGAGGGCAUGCGUUACUUAUUCUGAGAGCAGAAGAACUCGGUUUCCUUCGUUAUCUCAAACAGGCCAGGGUACCAUUGAAUGAGUUUGAGUUUUCCUGGAGCAAGAUCGCAAAUAUACAAGUUCAGCUUGAAAAACUAAUUGAAAAAAAUUAUUACUUGCACAAAUCAGCACAGGAAGCUUACAAGUCUUACAUCCGUGCCUAUGAUUCUCAUUCUCUCAAAGACAUAUACAGUGUCCGCACCCUGGAUCUGCCCAAAGUAGCACUUUCAUUUGGCUUCAAAGUACCACCAUAUGUUGAUCUUAAUAUAAAUGCCAGCAGAGGGAUGAAACUGAAGAAGAGAGGUGGUGGAGGUGGAUUUGGGUACCAGAAGGCCAAAAAUGUCCACAAAGCAAAGAUCUUCAAGCAAAUUGGCAAGAGUAAAUCAGACAAGAGGCAGUUUUCCCGUUAAAUAGCCCAAACACAGCUGCAUUUUUAUUUAUCCUUUAUAAAGUCACAAGGAAUGGAAUUGUCCUCUAAAAUAGAUGCCUUGGAUUAAGCAACUUUGGCAACUUCAGACAGUACUGAUUUAAAGCAAUCUGUAAUUGACUCAGUCACAAUUCUAUUCAUGUAAAACUAUUAUCUUUGCACAUGAUCUUUUAUAGAAUGUUAUUUAAAUGCAUUUAGUUUGAUUUAUAAACAGUUUUAUAUUCAAUCUGUAAAUUGUGACGAUGUUAGAAUAGAUUGAACAAUAUUAAGGAGCACAUUGCCGUGUCUUUUUCUCAGGUUCAGCAAAGCAUUUCCCAUUGAGCCAAUGUGUUUUUUAAGAUGUGUAACAGGCCCAGGGAUAUUGAUAGUUUUGUUGAAUAUGUAAUCUGAAAAUGUAAAAAUGUUCACUUUUCUGACUAAUAAACCAUUCCAUGUUUGGUAAUCUAAUGCCAUCCAAAGGAGGAAAAGCUAAUAAGAUGUGUUCAGUGUUCUAUGAGCGUUAGCUGAUUAUAAAGCUUUGUUGAUUAGCAGUUCCUUUUUUAAUGUCAUUUACCAAUGUACACUUGUGUUUUCUAUAGAUAAUAUUCUAAAUCUGUUUUUUGUGAUGCAUUUUUCUGUGUUAAUUUUGCAUCAAUUUGAAAAUAGUAUAGGCUUCAUUUUCAGCAUCUCGUGUUAACAUCAGCUUCUGUUAGAUCAUAAACACAAGUUGGCCAUUUAACUCUUUCAGUCUGUUCUACCAUUCGAUAAGAUCAUGGCUUAUUUGAUCAUGGUCUCAGUUCCACAUUUCCUGCCUGCACCCUGUAAACGUUGAUUCCCUUCUCUGUGUAUAUUAAAGACCAAAAGUUCCUAAUCUCGCAAAUUCAUGCCAACUGCACAACUAUUUACAUUAUUUUCCUUGAAAUUUGCUCUAGGGUGAUGUGUUCCUUGUUUAUACUGAACCGUGCAUAGUUAUAAACAACUUUGGUCUUAGUAAAAGCAACAAUGAGGAUGAUUAACCAGU